GCUUCCGGGGCAAAGGGGGCGAGCCGCGCCCCCCUCUCUCCCCCGUUCCCAAGAUGGCGGCCGCGGGCGGCGCGGGGGCGGCGGCCGCGCUGUGGAGCGAGGUGAAUCGCAGCGGCCAGAACGGAGACUUCGGCCGCGCGCUCAAGUCCGUCAGCAAGCUGUUGCAGAUCAACAAGGAUGAUGUGACUGCCCUUCACUGCAAAGUGGUGUGUCUCAUUCAGAAUGGAAGCUUCAAGGAAGCCCUCAGCGUAAUCCACACCCACACCAAAGUGUUAACCAGUGACUCUAUCACCUUUGAGAAGGCGUACUGUGAGUACAGAUUGAACAGAAUUGAAAAUGCCCUGAAGACCAUUCAGAGCGCCAGCCAGCAGACAGACAAACUGAAGGAGCUGCAUGGACAAGUGUUGUACAGGUUGGAGCGCUAUGAUGACUGCUUAGCUGUGUAUCGGGAUCUCAUCCGGAACUCCCAAGACGACUACGAAGAAGAAAGGAAAACCAACCUUUCUGCAGUGGUUGCAGCGCAGAGCACAUGGGAGAAAGUGGAACCAGAAGAUCUGGGCCUCCAAGAAGCUACCUAUGAGCUGUGUUAUAAUGCUGCAUGUGCAUUGAUUGGGCAAGGCAGGCUGAAUGAGGCAAUGAAAAACCUACAGAAAGCAGAAGAUCUGUGUCGCCAGUCACUUUCGGAAGACUCUGAUGUGACUGAGGAAGACACUGAGGCUGAGCUGGCCAUUAUUCAUGGUCAGAUGGCCUAUAUCAUGCAACUACAGGGACGUACAGAGGAUGCUCUCCAGCUUUACAAUCAAAUCAUCAAAUUAAAGCCGACAGACGUGGGAUUGAUUGCUGUCAUUGCAAAUAACAUCAUCACUAUUAAUAAGGACCAAAAUGUCUUUGACUCAAAGAAAAAGGUGAAAUUGACCAAUGCAGAAGGCGUGGAGCACAAACUCUCCAAGAAACAGCUCCAGGCCAUCGAAUUCAACAAAGCUUUAUUGGCUAUGUACACCAAUCAGGCAGAUCAGUGCCGCAAGCUGUCAGCAAGUUUACAGUCCCAGAACCCCGAGCACCUGCUGCCUGUGCUAAUCCAGGCUGCCCAGCUCUGUCGAGAGAAGCAGCAUGCGGAGGCAAUAGAGCUCCUACAGGACUUUGCGGAGCAGAGCCCCGCCGACUCGGCGCAGAUAAAGCUGACGAUGGCACAGCUGAAAAUCGCUCAAGGCAGUGUCACCAAAGCAUGCAUCAUCUUGAGGAGUAUAGAAGAGCUGAAGCAUAAGCCAGGCAUGGUGUCUGCAUUAGUGACGAUGUACAGUCAUGAAGAAGACAUUGACAGUGCUAUUGAGGUCUUCACGCAAGCUAUCCAGUGGUACCAGGAAUACCAGCCAAAGUCUCCAGUUCAUUUGUUGCUGAUAAGGGAAGCAGCCAACUUCAAGCUGAAGUAUGGAAGGAAGAAGGAAGCGAUCAGCGACCUGGAAGAGCUGUGGAAGCAAAAUCCAAGAGAUAUUCAUACUCUGGCCCAACUCAUCUCCGCAUACUCCCUCGUAGACCCCGAGAAGGCGAAGGUCCUUAGCAAACACUUGCCCUCGUCGGAUACGAUGUCUUUGAAAGUAGACGUGGAUGUGCUUGAAAAUUCCCCCGGAGCUACGUAUGUUCGGAAGAAAGGCGGAAAGCUCACAGGAGAGAACCAACAGAAAGAACAAGGGCAAGGGGAUGUAAAGAAAAAGAAGAGGAAAAAGAAGGGAAAACUGCCCAAGAACUACGAUCCCAAGGUGACCCCGGACCCUGAGCGGUGGCUGCCAAUGCGAGAGCGCUCCUAUUAUCGUGGAAGGAAGAAGGGCAAAAAGAAGGAUCAGAUUGGAAAGGGAACCCAGGGAGCAACGACAGCUGGCACAUCUGAGCUGGAUGCCAGUAAGACAGCAAGCAGCCCGCCUACCUCCCCACGGCCUGGCAGUACCACAGCCACGUCUUCCGCAGCCACGAGUAACAUGAUACCCCCCCGGCACCAGAAACCUGCUGGCGCUGCAGCAACCAAGAAGAAGCAGCAGCAGAAGAAGAAGAAAGGAGGCAAGGGAGGCUGGUAACGAGAGUGGCUGCCAAGCUGGCUGUGUGAGGGACUGGAGCUCUCUGCUGUAAAGUGCUGAGAACAGAAUAAAGGUCAGAGUAAGAAGCAGCACAAA